CGGCACACUCUCACACACGCGGCAGCGAAGUCCCUCAGUCUAACUUCCUGCUGCUCCCGAUCGAAGGAGGUACUACGGGAGAAAGUUGAGAGCAAGAUGAAGACGAGAGCGCUGACAUCGUGCACAGCUGGAGGUCUAAUCUGCUUGUCAACAUCAUGUGUGACAACGGCCUUCGUAUCUUCGACGACACCUGCUCUCUCUUGCCACCACCAUCAUUGUACCAGAUCGCCGGUUGUUGCUGCUGCUGCUGCUGCCACUCCGAGAUCGCUGCUGACACCCGCCACAAUGAAGCUCUCCGGGAGAUCUAGGAGGCACAAUCGUGGCCUUCGACGAACGCGAAUGGCGGAGGACAGCGGCAAUGACGGCGUCGUGAACAUGUCAAGCUUCGAUGCACAAAGCGCCCCCCCAUCAGGUCCCGGUGCCGGCGUGAUCGACUUGCAGUUCGAGAACCUCAAGACUGGAGGCUUCAAGGUCUUCCUGCUGUUCUUCUUGCUUGGUCAAGGACGGGCGAAGGACAACGACACCCCCUUCAGCGUCAGGGACACCGAGGAGGGUAUCCGAGUGCUCAUCGGAGACGAGACAAAGAACGACUCUCAGUGGGAAGGGGUGCUGGACCUGUCUUGGGGAGUGGAGCCUCGACCGUUCUUCCGGGUGGACAGAAUCGACGUUAACGAAGUCAUCCCGUACCCCGGAGAGCUUUACAUCCUCAACAAGCUCCUCGACGCCAUCAUCGACGUGAACGGAGAGCAGUCAGUGGAGGACCACCAAAAGCUCUUCAUGUUCCGCGAAGGGGAGCAGAACCAGCUGGCGGAAGCAAAAGCAAUGCUCGCGGGCUUGGCGUCUCUGUGAUGACCCCCCGAGACACUGCCCUUUACCUGUAGAAUAGUUGCAACCGUCAUGUAGCCACAAGGACCAAGGAGAGAGGAGACAGGUGUUAAUUUUCACGCCGGAGGAAGGAUACAAUUGUUAACUUUCACUCGCGGGGGUUGACGGCGUCCCUCGCCCUUCCAUCUCCUGCUAUAGCAAGUUGGGCCCAUUUGUCGAUGAAUGACCUGGUACGUACGCGUUUUUUGUGUGUGGCUUCUUGCGUUCUUCUGCCGGUGCUCUCUCCUGGCCUCUCGCGUAAUCAGCUGGGAUAGCAAGACCGGGGGUUCCUUGAGUGUGCCUGGGAGGGGCAUCCUGGCGAAGACAUGACGGCAAUGCUGCAGAAUACCUUCGAUCGUGAUGGGUUAUUCAUACAACGGCAGGUCGUUAGUAAGUGCGGCUGCCGAGAUUACACUCCGGAGUUCACCUUACCCUUGGAGUAGUCGUUGAAACCGUACUGGUCCCAUCUGAUAGGCACGUCGUGGUGUCUCGAGUGUUGAUGCUAUUGGCAUAAUACCGGGGAUGUCAUAAGCAACAUGGGCGACGGCUGCACCGGCCAGUUUCAGUGCCCGCACUCACAUUGUCAACGGAGCGGUUUGAGCACAGCAGCAGCUCUCGUGUUGAAGACGGGGGAGUUCGUUUGUAGCGUACGAUUCUAGUGUAGAGCAGUAGCUUGAAUGUCGUUGUGACGGGCUUGCGGCCUCCGUUUUCCUUGAGAUGGACGACAACGAUCUUCACGACAACGAAUCCAUAAGCCUGUUGUAGUUGAUUCCCAAAUCCGCGCGUUAAGGCCCAUGUUGAUGGUUUCCAAAUCUUAGGCACGAAUUUUGGUUCCUGUACGUACUAAUUGACGUUGUCAUCCUCCCGUCCGGUAACUCCCAGCCUUCGCCCCGCAUAACCUCGGCUCGAAUGGAACUGGACGCCCGAUAUUUGAUUGCGCUUCGACGAUGAAGGGCAUUCGGAAGAAAUGAGACCUAAACCUCAAACGUCAUGGCCGCACCCUUG